UAAACUAACACUCUCUGUUGUCCACAGGUAUGGUUGAAUGCAGUGGUUUUAUGAAAAAGUGAGUGACUUGCGCAACAACAAUGGGGAAGAGGAAGGUGCCAGAUCUGUACAGAGCUCCCUUUCCCUUAUACUGCAUUAAAGUUGACGCUCAAACAGGACUUGUGAUUACAGCAGGAGGAGGAGGGGCUUCCAAGACGGGCAUAAAGAAUGCUGUGCACUUCCUGGAUCUCCAGCUGUUCGGAGAACGCCAGUACAGUGCCAGUCUCCUUCACUCUCAUGACACUGACACACGCGCCACCAUGAACAUGGCUGUAGGUGAUGGUGUGAUUGCUGCAGGACAGGACGGGACCUGCUCUUUGAUGAGGUUUAAACACUGCACACAAAAAGGAGGAGGGAAAGCUGCUGCCAAAAUCGAAGGGAAGAGCGUGCAGCAGGGUAAUGCGAGGCGACGAGCUGGGAAAGGAGACAAAGGUGGACCGGAUGGUGCUGCGGCAUCUGGAGAUAUGUCAGAUGUCAAGGAUGAGACGGCUCACAUUUCUGUGACUGGUUUGGCUGAAGUGCAGUCAGACCUGAAUCCUCAAGACCCGCUUCAGAAGGUGGUCCGGUUCAGUCCUGACCUGAGCCUUCUGGUGACUGGAGGCACAGACGGAUACAUCAGAGUCUGGGAGUUUCCAUCGCUGAAGAAGAAGUUUAACUUUAAAGCACAUGAUGGUGAGAUUGAAGACUUGGACACGAGUCCAGGGAACAAGCACCUGGUGACUGUUGGCCGGGAUUUUGCCUGCAGUGUAUGGAGUGGCAACCACUUGGCUAUGGGUCUUAAAUGGCUUGAAACCAUGCCUCAGAUAGCUGAGAAGACUUAUCGAUAUAUGGCUUGCAGGUUUGGAAAGGUAGAAGACCAUAAAGAUGCCCUGAGGCUUUAUACAGUCCAGAUCCCCCAUAAACGAGAUAGAAAACCUCCUCCUUGCUACCUCACCAAGUGGGACGGCAAGAGCUUCCUGCCUAUGCUGACGGCUCCCUGUGGCACUGAGGUCAUCUCCAGUCUGGCUGUCAGUGACUCUGGAACAUUUCUUGGCCUUGGAACUGUGACAGGAUCAGUGGCAAUCUACAUCGCUUUCUCCCUACAGAAGCUGUAUUAUGUACAGGAGUCCCAUGGCAUUGUUGUAACAGACCUAGCCUUCCUGCCUGACACUCUGAAAGGCAAAAAUAUCAAAGGGACUAAUGAAACCGCCAUGUUGAGUGUAGCUGUGGACAGCCGCUGUCAAGUCCAUGCUGUCAGCAAACGAAGAUCCUUUCCUAUUUGGCUGGUGCUGUUCUUCUGUGGGCUCAUGGUGGUAGGAGGAGUCCUCCUUCUGCAGUACCUCUUUCCAGGAUUUAUUUAAAUCAUACAAGCGUUGUCGCAUGUCAGAGUUGACGGAGCUCGGACACAUCUUCAUUUGCCUUACUUUGCCGCUGUCAACAUCAGCAUUCCUCAAUCCAACAUCCAAACCUUGUACUGCAUCACAACCCCCAGCUGAGCCUAUGAAGGCUAUUCCAGCUUUUAUGGCGCCCUGACAUUGUUCCCCGUCAGCUCUUACUCAGGGUUGUUCUUCUCAGACCUGUAAACCCAGUUUAGUCAAACCAGGACAGACUGGGAUUUUAUUUGCUUUCAUCUCUAUCAAUUAACAUAACAUUUUUUGGAGUGGCUCAGGUUUGUGAAUGUUAAAGGGUGGGAUCAUAUCUUUAUAUUGACAUAUGUAAAAAACAUCUAUAAAUGACUGACAUAUAAAGUGUCUGAUUUAGUUUUGUUGUUUACACCUAGACACUUUGAAUUAGCCAUUCUCUUUGAAAAACUACUUCUAGGGCUUUUAUUUUUACAUUUGAUCCACUAGUGGGCAGCAGAGACCAGACAGUUUACAGUCCUCUGGUAAAGGGCUGCCGGUGAAGAUAAAAUAGCAUGAUAAAAUAUCUGCUAGUCUUAGUACAUUGGAUUUUUGAAUUUAAACAUACUGCUAAAUAUUUAGACUUUGACAGGGUUGCCCAGUGUCAAGUAAACAUUUCAGCAGAAAGUUGCAACCUACAAAUGAAGAAUCAACUGAUAUUAUUCCAAAGAACCAGAUGUGGGAAAGUACUAACGAAGUUGCUAUAAGGCAGGAAGUUUGUGUAAAUGACACGAAAUGACGAUGUUAUUUUUACUAGAGUGAAAGCUGGAUAUUUCCUUUAAUUUAAUGUAAACAUUCUGACUGCAGAUAUGUUGCCCAACAGAUAUGAUACCCAUUUUAUUGCAACUAACUUGGGGAAAUUAUAGAAGAAAUAAAAUAUGAAUAAGAAAGGUAACUUUAAAAAUAAA